CCGAGCGCGCUCCGGAGCUUCGCGGGGAAGGCAGCGCGCCAGCCUGGAGGAGAAGCCGAGGGCGCGGCCGUAAAGGAAGGAUUUGCUGCGGGCCGGCCAUGGCCUUGGCGGACAGCGCUCGGGGGCUCCCCAACGGAGGCGGAGGCGGGAGCAGUGCCCUGCGCAGCGCGCAGCGCCCUGCGCAGCCCGAGGCGGUGUCGUCGGUGGGCAGCGGCGGCGGCGAGGGCUUCCCGGAGAUCGUGGAGCUGAACGUGGGCGGGCAGGUGUACGUGACCCGCCGCGGCACAGUGCUGUCGGUGCGCGGCUCUCUGCUGUGGCGCAUGUUCUCGGAGCAGGCGGCGUCCGAGCUGCCGCGCGAUUCCAAGGGCCGCUUCUUCUUGGACCGCGACGGCUUCCUGUUCCGCUACAUCCUGGAUUACCUGCGCGACCAGGAGCUGGUGCUGCCCGAGCGAUUCCCCGAGCGGAGCCGCCUGCAGAGGGAAGCCGAGUACUUCCAGCUGCCCGAGCUGGCGCGCCGUCUGGCGGCCGCCGGCCUCCCCGCCGCCUCGGCGCGCUUCUCGGGGCUUUUGCGCGACGCUUCCGUGUGCGCCGACGAGCCACCGCCGGGCCUCGGCUACCUGGAGGCCGAGCUUCCCGAAGGAGGCGGCGGGGCUCUGUCGGCCUCGCCCACGUCCAGCCGCAGCCCGUCGGGCGGGCCUUUGCUGGCGCCAUCGCUCUCGCUGGACGCCGGUGGGGUGGCGUCGGGGCGGCGCUCGGGCUACAUCACCAUCGGCUACCGCGGCUCGUACACCAUCGGGCGGGACGCGCAGGCCGACGCCAAGUUCCGCCGCGUGGCGCGCAUCACGGUGUGCGGCAAGACGGCGCUGGCCAAGGAGGUCUUCGGCGAGACGCUCAACGAGAGCCGCGACCCCGACCGGCCCCCGGAGCGCUACACGGCCCGCUACUACCUCAAGUUCAACUUCCUCGAGCAGGCCUUCGACCGGCUCAGCGAGGCUGGCUUCCGCAUGGCCGCGUGCUCGUCCACUGGCACCUGCGCCUUCGCCCCCGAGCAGGGCGGCCCCGCCGACGACAAGAUCUGGACCAGCUACACCGAGUAUGUCUUUUGCAGGGAGUGAUGAGUCCAGGGGGCCAAGAUGCACAAGCGAAGCCUGGGCUGGGCGCCAGCUCCACCACACCCGAGAUUUUGUUCUUUUUCUUUUUUCAGGCACAUGCCGUUCUUUUCCCUAACCUAGGAUGACCCGGGCCUGACCUUGCAGAAAGAAACCUGCCUAGGCUUGACACAUUUUGGGCUUGCAUGGGAGCUGCACCUUGCAAAACUGUAGGAGAGUUUUGAAGGGGCUGUGCUAGGAGAGACAAAAAGUGCCCCACUUGAAUUCCUGUCCAGCAUCCCGGAUGGAGCCUUCACCUAAGCAAUAGGGUGGCAACCUGAAGGCUCUAACACGUUUUAGAACUGCAUAGAUAGGAAACCUACCCAUUGUGGUGUCUCCUCUUCUGUGUUGUUCUUAAAGGUGCAGAGAACUUCCUUCCCUUCCGCACGCUGAGUUCCUGGCCCCUUGUUUACAUUUCUAUGCACUUGCCCUGUGGUCAUCCCUUCAUAGCUUUGUGACUCCUCAUGCACCCCUAACUUGUACAUUUGAAGAAGAACAUGUACACUUAGGUU